CCAGAGCGCGGGAUUCUCGCCGUUUGGGAAACAAGGCGAGCCAGACCCAGAGCCUUGGCUCGGUCCCUCCCUCCCCUGGCACCCGCAGUGGCGGCGCGCGUAGAGCCUGCGAUCACCUCAGAAAUGAGUCCUGUCCUCUUCCUGUCCCUUCUCGCUGUUAGUGGCGCCCAUCUCCCCGCGAAUCUACGGAGCGUCCCUGGCGCCAUUAUAGAGGACCUUGGUGUAACUUUCCCUGUCACUAAUCAUGUAGAGAUAACUGUAGUACUCACCCCUUUAUUAGAAUUCUCUUCACUUGCCACAUUUCACCAUGCCAUGCUCAAAGAGCUAAGAUAUAUAUCAUGAUAAGAUUUUGAAUGGUACACAGAGAGAGCUUCUCACUCACAUCCUGAAUGCCACAAUAGAUGACUUGAGUAAAUUCACUACUAGCAACCAUUCAUGCUCUCGCCGUGGUCUUAUAAACGCAAUUGGAAAUAUUGCACACGCAUUUUUUUGGUGUCAUUGACGAAGACACCCUUAACAGCUGUCUUGCUGAUUAUAAGUCAUCCCUACAUAACGUCAUUGCAAGAUUUGACUCUUCAGUUCAUGCGUUAGAUUACAUUAGUAGGAACAUUAAGUCACUCUGCACCUUAUGCUCCAGUAUUGAGGAACAGUUACAUACAUUGUCCAAGGAUAUCACUAACGUGCAACGAUUCACCCACUUCGCUAUUGGCGUAUUUUCUUAUCAGUUAGCUACAGAACGUUUCAGUACAGACUUAAUAAUGGCUGCCCGUGGUGAGGGUCCUUCCAGGCUUAAUAUCCCCACAUGAUAUGCAUAACUUCAUAACCAGGGUCACCUCUAUGUCUUACCAAACUCUUUUUAACCUUGGAGACACAACACACUUCUUCACCCAUCUACUCUCUUACCUGACACCCCGUGGCCUGUCCGUCCUUAUACUCCUCCUACCCUUAAACACAUUUAAAACAUGUGUAUACACCCCUUUCCUCACAUUACUAACAGUACCCCAUGUAUCUUCUCUUCUGCCCCCACUAUCAUCCUUAUGUCCCUGCAAGGUCAGUCCCUAUCCAUUCCAUCCCCUGACUUCCUUAAUGGGUGUCUACAGCCAUCACCCCGUCGUUUCAUAUGCCACACACACACCCUACCACAGACCAGUUAUAACAUACCAUCUUGUUCACGUGCCCUCAUGUCUAGCAUCAACAUACACUCCCAGUGCACUUUUGACGAGAUUCCUCUUUCACCAUAUCCCUUUGUCCUGUCCUUACCUGAUGUAUCAAUCCUACACUUCUUCCAAGUUACAACGGCAACUAUUAAAUGCCAUGAUGCACCCAAUGACACACUUAUCACAGGCACAUUUGUACUACCCCAUACUUGCCAACUCUCUACUUCUUCAAUUACCAUACCAGCAACACGCGUCUUACUAAUGUCUUCCAGACUAAGUGCUCCAGUGAACACCCCUUUUAGCUUACCACCACCAACAUUUAAUGUAACACUACCAAGAUCAAGACUUCGAUUACUCCCACCACCUGAUGACAUACCUAUGCUCUUCCUUGACUCACAUCACACUACCUUUGGCUACCCUGUCUACAUCACCCGUCUUGGCAUCCUCAUCGUCUUCCUUUCCUUCUAUAUCUAUCGUAAGGUCACUAUUCGUCUUCUCGGUGAACGGAUAGAACAAGGUAACAACUAACCCCUCCCCCCCACACCACCUGAGGGACUGGCCAUGCACAGGUUUGAACUUGGUCAACUGGUUGCGAAUGGCAGUCGAUGUUCAUGGAAACCUUUGCAUUCUGCCUCACAGCAUGUCAAGCACGAGAGGGACCUGCCACCUACCAGCGGCCGCUGGCCUCAUCACAGUAAUUUUUCUGCCAUUUCAACGUUACAGAUGUUAUACGUAGCCGAGCGAUAUAAACAUCUGCAAGGUGGUGCUCCACACAUCUGUCCCUAGCUGAACAAAGGCUGCGCCUUCCUGUCGCUGCCUCCUGAG